AUGUCGUGGAGGGCUCUUUCGUCGAUUUCUACCGAUGUCACUGAGCGCGCGGCUGCGGUGGAGUGGGUGCACCGUGAGAAGGCACUCGACAAUAUGGCCCGAAACCGAUUAGCGGCGCGUUACGGUUCAAAUGAAUCCACUAAUAAAAGAAAUGAGAAGGAAUGCAACGGAAAAAGGAGCUGCAAGUGCCUAACAAAUGGGUGUGGUUGGACCUGCAACUCUUGCGGUAAGGUUAGUUAUGACGCCCGUCUUAUUUGCGGUUACUGUCUUGCCGUGUCCCCGUCUGUUAUGGCGUCUGUUGGUGCCAGUGUUGAUAAGAAAAAUGUCAGUGGAACCAGUGGAAUGCACGUCGUUCCUGUUCAUAAUUGCAGAGAUGACGGCAUAUCGCAUGAUUCCUCCAUUCGUGUUGUCCGUUUCCCUCAGAAUCGUUGCUACAGAAUAUUUGCCACUGAAGGUCAUGCACGCGGAAAUGAGUCUGCGAGUGCAGAAGUGGUUGACAGCGCUCCCGAUUCUCGUGAGGUGGUAGGGGAGGGAAGCGCCUCCAAGAGGAAAUAUGCUGUGGAAACCCACGAAAGCGGUGAAAAAAACGUUGGUUCGACGUUCGGUGGGAGGGUCGGAAAGCAUUUCUACAAGAAACCGUAUACUCACUUCAUUGCAUUACCCAUCGGAAAGGUAAAAGUGUUUGGCGAAAGGGCGGAGGCACUUUUGUGGGAGAUGAAACAGUGUUGUGUUGAUCCUGCAAACGGUGUAACGGAGGAGAUAUUUACUAGUGCACCACGCACGCAUUUAACCCUCCUCAUGUUAUCCCUUCCGACAUGUGAAGAUGUUGCACUGGCUGUAGAAUGUAUGCAGGUACUGCAAGACCAGAUCUAUGGGUGGAAGCAACAGCAACACCUACAUAAAGGUAAAGCAGGGCCUGAUGACAGUGUGGGAAUUCCCAUUCGCUUAGGUGGACUGCACGUGAUGACUAGCCGAGGUCAACAUGUGCAGAAGGCAAAUGUGUUGUAUAUGGGAUUGGCAGACGAGGAAUCCACCGCGACGGUUAGAGCAUUGCAGGACAUCGUUCACAGCAGUUUUGGGGAACUCAUAUGUGAUGACCCACGUGUGUCGGAGAGUAAGUUACUUCACGUCACGCUGAUGAACACGAAGUGGCGUACGGGUGAAGGGAAACAACAAAGCGGCGGAAAAAAUUUACCGUUUAAUGCAUCGGAGGUUCUACGGCGUUUUGCAAAUGUUUCGCUAUGUGAGAGCCCUGUAUUCAUUGAUAAAGUUGAGUUGUGCGCUCUAGGCUACGAUUCAGUGAACGAGUGUUACCCAUGCGAGGCCGUGGUUUACCUUUAG